AUGUUGAAAUUUGUAUUCUUCGUGGGAUUCUUGGCGAGUUUGGUGACUGGGUGUAAAUUGCCGCAAACUACAACAAAGCCUGCGGCCACGAAUUGCCCAACUGGUUGGACAACAUUCAACAGAUCUUUUGGGAAAUGGUGUGUGAAAGUGUUCUUGAAGACUGUGAAUCAUCCAGAAGCUAUUGAAUUGUGCGCUGAGAAUGGAGCUGUUAUGACAGGCUUGCAAACUACCGCUGAAAGAAAUUCGAUUGCUGCAUCUCUUCAAACUGCUACAUCCAUCUCAACUUCCAAUAUCUUCAUUGGCGCAUUAAGAAUAUUAGAUUGCGCCACUUCUAAUCUCACAUCAACUUGCACAAAACUGAACUCGUUUGAAUGGACAGAUGGUGCUACAACUGGAACAACCGGAUUUGUUUGGGAUCCUCUUCAACCUGAUAACAACGAGAGAAAUGAGAAGUACGUAAUGAUGCUUCAAAAAAAUGCGUCGCUUAGCGAUGUCUGCGCAACAACUGUGCUCAACGGAGUUGCUUGUGGUGCAAAGCCUGCAGAAAUCAUAAUACCACCUUCUGUCGCUACUACCGAAGCACCCAGCGGUCCAUUCACCACGUGUCCAACUGGAUGGAAAACUUAUUCUCGUUCAGUAGGUGAUUGGUGCGUCAAAGUAUUCGUGGAAUCGGUGAAACAGGCCGACGCUGAAAAACAAUGCAAAUGGCACGGUGGAAAACUAUCCGGAUUCCAAACUGCGCAGGAACGCAUCGAUGCAUCGAAUGCUCUUUGGGAAGCCACCAAUAACAUCUAUGCUGCCGCAAUUGUUGGAGCAACCCGAACAACCGCUUGCGUUUCUUCGAAUCUCACUGCAACCUGUACCGAGACAAAUUCGUUUUCAUGGACUGAUGGUGUGACAACUGGAACUGAUGCUUUUGUUGGCGGAUGGGACGAUGAACAACCCGACAAUGACAAUAAAAAUCAGAUUUAUGUGGCCGUUGGAACAUCGACUCGAAAAAUGAAAGAUUUCCGACAUGCAGUGAUGAUGGGAUAUGUCUGUGGAGCUCAACCAGCAAAUAUCAAACGACCAUAA